AUGGUGGACCUGUUCUUGGGGAAGGUUCUGGUGAAGAACAACAAGGACAAAGAUGAGUUGGACACGGAGCGUGAGAUCAUUCUGCGCCUCCAGAAUCGCAUCCUGAUGCUCUUCUUCGGGUCUGGGGAGUGUGAGCGAUGCCAGGAGUUCGCUCCGACCCUCAAGGACUUCUUCAAACAGCUGACGGACGAGUUCUACGUGGAGCGUUCCGCCCAACUCGUGCUCCUCUACGUCUCACUGGACCCGUCGGAGGACGAGCAGGAGAAGUUCCUCAAAGAACUGCCCAAACGCUGCCUGUUCCUGCCGUACGAGGACCCCUACAGGAAAGAGCUGGAGGUGAUGUUUCAGGUGGAGGAGAUUCCGACCGUGGUGGUUUUGCGUCCUGACUGCUCCGUCCUCUCUCCGAACGCCGUGGCCGAGAUCUGCGCCCUCGGGCCCGACUGCUACCGGAACUGGCAGGAAGGGGCGGAGCUCAUCGACAGGAACUUCAUGAUGAACGAAGAAUUCGACGACGGCAAGAUGCGAAGCGUGACAGACCCCAUUCGCCGUCUCAAGUACAAGGUGGACGACAAGAAAAAGAAGAAGAAAAAGAAAAAAAAGAGAGGGUGGAUGGGAGGAGGAGGAGGAGGAGGAGGAGAGGGUGAUGAAGAAGAGGAGGAGGAAGACGAGGGUGAGGAAGAGGGCGGGGGAAACGGAGGGCCGUGGGGAUGA